AUGUAUUCUUCCUACGUUUUGACCUUUGUACGGGAAAGAAUUCCCCCACAGAGGCGACAGCAAGCAAUCGUCAACCUGGACGGUGUAGGAGCAGCAAACUACGUUAGUCUGGCUCCCCUUCCAAGAGCAGACAAGAAAACAAAACGGCGGAAACGACACCGCAAGGUUCAACUUCUCCCGCAAUUCCGUGGUCAGUCAUCUAAACAGCUGAAGCGCGUAAUGCGCCAGCAGCAGCACCCAGAUGUGCGUCGACUGACUUGCCCCAGUGACCUGCCUCGACGGUUGCACGAUCUAUGGAACCAGUACGCAAAUUCCCUUAUCGAUUUGACAAAAUCUGCCCAAUCAGAUGAAGCCAAUAUUACCCAUCAGCUGGAGAAUAUUUUGCGCAUGGAUUUGAUUGGUGCACGUCUUCGUGUGCUCAGAUCAAUAACCACAAAGCAAGUUGACCUUGAGGGUAUCGUUGUCAUGGAGACGCGUAAUAUAUUCUAUCUAGCACGAGAGGAAGUGGUAGAUGGCAAGGAUGCGGAGGAAACAUGGCUUCAUAUUGUACCGAAACGAGGCACCGUAUUCCUACUCUUAAUGACACGCGCAGAGAUUGUGCUCAACGGCAACUCCCUCGCCUACCGACCGGCCGAUAGAGCCGUCAGGAAGUGGAAACUCAACCCCUCGGCUGGGGCGAAGCAGAAGAAACGACCGCUAUUACCAACUAUAAUGGCCCAGAUUGGUUUUAAUAUUCCAUUACUAACUAGCACAGGGGAAGGAUGGAACACAAAUCGAGCACCUCCGCGUCCCCCAGCUCCCGCUCCGCGGAUCGAGACUUCCUAUAGGAAGCCUUUAGCUGCUUCACUUAGACGUCAAAUACACCAAAAAGAAACACAAUCCGUUGUUUAUGGUCGACGUUUUGUUGUGUCAGAGUCUCUGGAGCAUAGCAGAGCUUGGUUUAAGCGUGAAGUUGAGGCUCAACUCCAGCGCGGUGGCCUUUAUGAGGACCCGUUCAUGCCGCCGGUCGACUCCACCAUCUGGCCUGAUCGUAGCUCAUCUUCGUCAAAAUACAAAUGGCUCAGACCACACGAAAUUGUAAGUGAACCAAUGUUCAUCGCUGACGGUCUUAGUCGAUUUGAUAUCAGACAAGGAGAAUUAGGCGAUUGCUGGCUACUCGCGGCUCUUGCAAGUCUUUCCAUGCAUGAAAACCUUCUUUCCGAGGUGGGUCAUACCUUGUCUUCAACCAAGCACCACUUUCUUGCACUGUUCGCCAUUCUUUUUAUGCUGGUUGAAUUCCAGGUGGUACCCGGCGGCCAGUCGUUUACAACCUCGUCCAACGGCCAACCGCUUGUUUCCAACGGCGAUUUUGCCUACGUGGGGAUGUUUUGGUUCCGCUUCUGGUACUUCGGUUACUGGGUGGACGUUGUGGUCGACGAUCGGCUUCCUACCAUUGGUCAGCGUCUCGUAUUUUUGCAUUCCAGCGAUCGCAGAGAAUUCUGGACUGCCCUGUUGGAAAAGGCUUAUGCAAAGCUUGUCGGCAGUUACGAAGCGCUUCGUGGAGGCACAACGUCCGAGGGCAUGGAAGACUUCACAGGUGGAAUAUCGGAGAUGAUUGACCUGGGCGACAAAUCACCCAAGAACCUCUUCACCAUCAUGUGUCGUGCGCAUAGUCGCUGCUCCCUGCUGGCGUGCUCGAUCGAUGCUGAUCCCAACGAGGUGGAAGCAGACGGUCCACUUGGACUCAUUAUGGGGCACGCGUACUCCAUCACAGACGUGAGAACUAUCCGGGACUACGGAGGAAGUGAAUUGCAAAUGGUCCGUUUGCGGAAUCCCUGGGGCAACGACAAAGAGUGGGUCGGCCCAUGGAGCGAUAAGUCACCCGAGUGGGCCCGCAUCUCCCCCGAGGAGCGCAUGGAGAUUGGCCUCACCUUCGACAACGACGGCGAGUUCUGUCCAGAGUUCGAUCAAAUUGAGUCGAAACGCGGACCACCGAAACGCAAGUGGGAAAUGACUCGUCAUGAGGGUGAAUGGCUUCGAAACUCCACGGCUGGUGGAUGUCUCAACAACCGUGGUAUGCUUUGCCCUCUUGCCACGUCGAAGGUGACCUUGGUAUGCCCGUUUCUCAAUCAUACCUUCCAUAUGAAUCCGCAAAUCCGUGUUUCCGUGGUGGACGCUGACGAGGCAGACGAUGAUCCCACCGGCACCAUCGUCGUUGGCCUCUUGCAGAAAGGAAUGCGAGAGAAACGCCAGUUGGCCUUCUCCAUCGGAUAUGCCAUCUAUCCGUUCCCCCCCGGAGCCCCACCGAACGCCCUGCUGACCCGCGAGUUCUUCUUGAGAACGCCUCUGGCGGCUCGAUCAAUAUUCGCGAAUACGCGGGAGGUGUGCGGUCGCCACAAGCUCACGCCUGGUGACUACGUCAUUGUCCCGUCCACCUUCCUGCCCAACGAGGAGGCCAAGUUCCUACUGCGCAUCUUCUCUGAGCGUCCCUAUCAGGCUGGGGAACUCGAUGACCAGAUAGCGUUUGGAGUUGGACCUAUUGCGCCCACCCCUGCGAGCACUAAGGAUGACGAAAUGGUAAUGAAGCUGAAGGCUGCCUUCGAGGCGAUUGCCGGCGACUCAGGAGACAUCGAGGCAGAGGACCUGCGAAACAUCCUCAAUCGUGUCUUCGAGAAUAAGGUCGGUCAGAACUUCGAAGGUUUCAGUCUGGAGACAGCGCGAAGCAUGGUUGCGCUUAUGGACGUAUCCUUUUCACAGCUUCAUCAGCGCCAACAGAUUAGAAAUACCUGCCGCCGAAUCUCAGCGGUUGACACAAGCGGUACUCUCGGUUUUGAGGAAUUCAAGACACUGUGGUACGAAUUGCGGCUCUGGCUUACGAUCUUCAAAGAAGCCGACACCAGUUCUAAUGGAAAACUGAAGACAUGUGAUCUGCGCACAGUUUUGAGUGAUGUUGGCAUCAAGAUUAGCAAUGAAAUCUUCAAAGCCAUUGUCUGCCGUUAUGCCUACCACGGAGCGAUUGUCUUUGACGACUUUAUUCUCCUCCUCGUGCGUUUGAUCACGGUGUUUGAGAAGUUCAAGGAGAAUCUCGACUACGGCCAACACAAAGCAUCCUUCAAUGUGGACGAUGUACGUUUUUUGUCAGGAGUAUUAUUGUCCCCCACCACCACUCCCCCUCUUUCACCUUACCUACCAGGUCCGAUCUUUUUGCGUUGUGUCCUCUACACCUGA